AUGUCAACCAUCGAAUCUCCUCCCUCCAAGAAGGGCGGUCUCGUCCGCAGACUCUCAAAGCGACCUCAUAACCUCAACCGUUUGCCCUCAUCCCACAUUCCGUCGCGCCUACGGCUCGGAGACGACGCCCAGGACGAUGUAACUGCUCCUAAUCGCGGCCGAAACGCGCCCGCAUCCUACAUGAAUCAAUCCAUAUUUUCCAUGAUAGCCGCUGCUGGGUCGCGCACAGACUUUAAUACCCGAUUUGACGAGUCCAGCGACAGUGAAGACGAGAUUCCCGAGGAAGAGCAAGAACAACCAGUGGGAGAUGACACAUCACAACCAGCGGCCGUAGAUGUUGGGACAAAAGUGACCACAACAGAUGGAAAGCCCACGGGUGACAGCAAGCUCAAGCGUCUCUCCACGCACCGCCUCGUUCAAUCGUUACCACGUCUCUCCGUGCGUUCAACCAAGAAGAAAGAGAAGGGUGUCGCGCGCCAAGAGCGAAGUCCCGAGAGCGAUGUCACCUCCAAGUCCUCAAGGAGUAACCCUCGCGAAGCCCCAGUGCUCAGCAGGUUGAUUACCGCCGAGGCGGCAUUUCAAGAAAGCACGGAAGCCGAUGAGCAACCGCCAGAUUCACCGGAAGCGCACAGAUCAAGAAGCAGAGGCGAGUCAACACCUCAAACAUUGCUUGCAACACGGUUGAUGGAAAUCUUUGGCUUUGAGAGCCCCGAAACAGUUGUUGCUGAGUAUCCGUGCUGGCUGCUGCAAAGCGUCCUCUUGCAAGGCUACUUAUACAUCACCAAGCAACACAUCUGCUUCUAUGCAUACUUGCCCAGGAAGUCGAAUACUGUUGCCAGGACGGGACAUCUGUCGAAGAAAGGGAGAACGAACUCCAAGUACAAGAGAUAUUGGUUCUCUCUUCAAGGCGACGUGCUCUCAUACUACUCAGACGCGUCAAACCUUUAUUUUCCAUCUGGAAACAUCGACCUCAGAUACGGCAUUUCUGCCGCUCUCUCGACAGAUAAAGAGAAGAGCAAGCAGAAGGAGUGCAAGGAAUUCUCCGUCACGACCGACCAUCGUACAUAUCACUUUCGGGCCGAUACUGCUACAUCUGCAAAGGAAUGGGUUCAGUCUCUGCAGAAGACAAUCUUCCGCUCUCACAACGAUGGAGAUAGUGUGAAGAUCUCGCUGCCUAUGGAAAAUAUUAUUGAUUUCGAGGAAAGUCCAGUCGUCGAGUUCGCCGAGACGGUCAAGAUCCGAGUGAUCGAGAGCGAAGACUCGUACGCCAUCGACGAGUAUUUCUUCUCCUUCUUUAGCUUCGGUCAAGAUGCACUUAACGUACUAGGAAGCCUUCUUACGGAGGCUCCUGGUAGAAGAGAGUCUGACGACGUCCUAUCUCCAGCAAGAAAGGCUGAACCCCUAUCAAGCCCCAGACCCAGGCCUGCUCCCAUCCGCCAGUCCUCAGAUAUCAGCACAGGCAGUGCCAGAGCCCAGUCGAGCCCGCCCCUCAAAGACAGUGUUAGAGCCACACUGCUACCAUACACGAUUGGUGACGAUGGCAGAAUGUCUCCGAGGUUGGGUGGAGAGUUCGCACGGGGUAACAGUCCUGUUCGUGCCAGCAAUGACUUUCCCGGCGACUACGGGCGAGCCAGCUUCGAGCGAGGCCGGAGAAGUGGAAGCACUAGUCGACUUGAGAUCAAUAUGUCAAAGCGGAGCGGAAGGUCGCCACUCGCGAGACACAAUGACUCCGAGGAUUCAUACGUUCAGUCCAUUGACAAGGAGACAGACUCGUCAACGGCGCCGCUGUCACCGCGAGCGGAAGCACAAAUGUCAGCCAGCCAAAUCCUGACGCGAAGCGACGUGUUCCACACGCCAGCUGUCCACCGCAUGGAUACUCUCGCGUCCAUGUCAACCGAACCGUCGAGAAAAUCGUCGGAUGCUGGAACAAUGCGAUCAGGAUCUCCACAACGAGGGCAGAUUUCCCCCACCCCAAUGCGGCCCUUGCCCGAGCCACAACAAGGCCGUCGAUCCACAGUGCAGACCGAAGCCUUGCUCUUGACAGAAAUGCCAUCCGGCCAGAAGAUGCCUAGGAACGAUUCGUCGCCAACACUGCAGGAUCUCGUAAAAGCAGGAUCUUAUCCACUGCAACGAGCGGGCGCCUUCGCCGACUACCUCAAGAACCGCUCGAGCUCCAUGCGAAAGCUACUGGCUACCGAGUCCAUGUCGUACCUCGAAAAGGUCUCUGGCAUGUGGGCAGGCAACAGAAAGCACUACGGUGAGAACGAAGGUGUGGUCUCCGAGGACAGAGGAGUUGACCCCGAAGACGAAGAAGCCAACGUCGGACAUGGCGAUCGGUUUCGCACGCAUUUCGCUCUGCCUGCCACUGAGAAGCUACAGGCGACUUACUUCGGCUUCCUGCACCGUGUGCUCCCUCUUUAUGGGAAAAUCUACAUCAGUAACCGUAAAUUCUGCUUCCGCAGUCUCCUACCCGGCACCCGCACCAAGUUAGUCCUCCCACUGAAGGACAUCGAAAAUGUGGAUAAAGAGAAGGGCUUCCGCUUCGGAUACCACGGCUUGGUGCUCGUGAUUCGCGGGCACGAAGAACUCUUCUUCGAGUUCUCCUCUGCCGAGCACCGCGACGACUGCACGGUCACGCUCCUGCACAGCCUGGAAACAGCGCGGUACAUGGCCGAAUCUGGCGUUCUAGCAGGCCAUGACGACGACGACGCUGAAAUUGCCAAGGAAGAACACCGCAAGCUCCAAGAAGCGCGGCGCUCCUCCGCGGCCGGAGGAGAGCACGCACUCGUCUUGCCAGAUACGACCGAGGCGAUCUACAGCCACAAGGACGAGGAAUCUGCGGCCGCCAUCUCAGGAGCCUCCAGUCGUCUCCUCUUUGACAUCGACCCACGCGCCUCGAUCCUCAAUCUCUCCAAGCCCACCACUUCUCUGCGGGUGACCUGUCUCACCAUCGGCUCCAGAGGCGACGUACAGCCAUACAUCGCGCUGUGCAAAGGUCUGUUAGCUGAAGGCCACCGGCCGCGCAUAGCCACGCACGCCGAGUUUGAGCCGUGGAUCCGCAAGCACGGGAUCGACUUCCGCCCCGUGGACGGGGAUCCCGCAGAACUGAUGCGCAUCUGCGUCGAGAACGGCAUGUUCACGUAUUCCUUCCUGCGCGAAGCGAGCGCAAAGUUCCGCACCUGGAUCGACGAGCUGUUAAGUUCGGCAUGGAGUGCAUGUCAAGACUCGGACCUCCUCAUCGAAAGCCCCAGUGCAAUGGCAGGCAUUCACAUCGCCGAGGCACUGGGUAUUCCCUAUUUCCGUGCUUUCACCAUGCCCUGGACGCGAACACGGGCGUAUCCCCACGCGUUUGCGGUCCCGGAGCACAAGAUCGGCGGCGCGUACAAUUACUACUCGUACGUCAUGUUCGACAACGUCUUCUGGAAAGCCAUCGCCGGACAGGUCAAUAGGUGGCGGAAGAAAGAGCUCAGCCUACGGUCCACCAACUUGGAUAAGAUGCAGCCGAACAAGGUUCCGUUUCUGUACAAUUUCUCCCCCGUGGUCGUCCCCCCGCCGUUGGAUUACAGCGAUUGGGUCAGGGUCACAGGGUAUUGGUUCCUCGACGAGGCAAGCGACUGGACGCCGCCCGCGGAGCUGACGGACUUUAUCAAAAAGGCCCGCGAAGACGGCAAGAAACUGGUGUACAUUGGCUUCGGCUCCAUCGUGGUGUCUGACCCUGCCGCUCUCACGAAGACCGUGGUCGAGUCGGUCCUCAAGGCCGAUGUCCGCUGCAUCCUCUCGAAAGGCUGGUCUGACCGCCUGGGCAAUCCCGACGCCGUGAAGGCCGAAGUACCCCUACCCCCGGACAUUAUCCAGAUCAAGUCAGCGCCGCAUGAUUGGCUGUUUCGGCAAAUCGACGCAGCCUGCCACCAUGGCGGUGCGGGCACGACAGGCGCCUCAUUGAGGGCGGGUUUGCCCACCGUCGUGAAGCCCUUCUUUGGGGAUCAGUUCUUCUUCGGGUCGAGAGUGGAGGACUUGGGCGUGGGGAUUUGCCUCAAGAAGGUCAAUGUCAGUGUUUUCUCGAGGGCGCUUUGGGAGGCGACGCACAGUGAGAGGAUGAUCGUCAAGGCGAGGCUUUUGGGGGAAAUGAUUAGAAAGGAAAAUGGCGUGCAAACAGCUAUCCAAGCAAUAUACCGCGACUUGGACUACGCCAAAUCACUCGUCAGCGCACGCGCGGCGAUUCAGCAGCAAAGCGCAGCCACAGCAGCAGGAGCCGCGGGACUCACGGCGGUCGACCUUCUCGAUGAAGGAGGCGACAUUGAAGAGAGCUGGACCUUCAUCGGCGAUGAAAGUGACCCGGAAUUACAGCGACGGAUGCAAGAGUGGGACACCACAGGCGGCGGCGUCACUUCUCUGCGUGGCAGGGCGCCGCGGGUCAGUAUUGACUUAGCAAAGCUGGGUGCUAUGCAAGAAGUUGAGCCGGUUAGGAAGGCGAGUGUUAAGAGGUGA